UGCAAUGCAGGUCCUGCGGUCUGGGUUAAAGAACAGAAACACGGAGCGGAGGAGAAAUACAACUAUGCUUCUUCAUGAGCCACGUCUUCACCAUUUCCCAGAGGCUGACUAAGAUGUGUCAGUUUGUUCUUUAAACUUAAUUUCCGUUUACAGAGUUGCGAAGACUUGGCUGAACGGCAAGGCUGCCUUGCGCGAUACGACGGGCAUACAGACUUUACCUACGCACCAGAAGUCCCGUUGAUCUCCCCGUCAUGGAGUACACUUCUUCCCCGAAACCUCAGCUGUCCUCAAGGGCUAACGCGUUUUCUAUUGCCGCUCUCAUGUCAAGUGGGAAGACGAAGGAGAAGGACGCUGAAGAAAACACCAUCAAGCCCCUGGAACAAUUUGUGGAGAAAUCGUCCUGCAGCCAGACUCUGGGUGACCUGUCUGGACUGGACCCUCACGGGGAUUUCAGUGGGAACCCGCCUCAGAUAUGUACCGAACCGCUGAUCCCCACGACCCCGAGUGUACCCAGCGAGGAAAUGGCCAAAAUUUCGUGCAGCCUAGAGACCAAGGAGCUCUGGGACAAAUUCCACGAGCUAGGCACAGAAAUGAUCAUUACAAAAUCUGGGAGGAGAAUGUUCCCGACCAUCCGUGUGUCCUUCUCCGGGGUUGACCCGGACGCCAAGUACAUCGUGCUGAUGGACAUCGUUCCCGUGGACAACAAGAGAUACCGAUACGCCUACCACAGAUCAUCUUGGCUAGUGGCUGGGAAAGCAGACCCCCCCCUGCCUGCACGGCUGUACGUUCACCCGGACUCACCUUUUACCGGAGAACAGCUACUGAAACAAAUGGUUUCCUUUGAAAAGGUCAAGCUUACCAACAACGAGCUGGAUCAACACGGCCAUAUCAUUUUAAACUCCAUGCACAAGUACCAACCCAGGGUUCACAUCAUUAAGAAGAAAGAUCACACGGCCUCUCUGCUCAACCUGAAGUCUGAAGAGUUCAGGACCUUCAUCUUCACAGAGACUGUGUUCACUGCGGUCACAGCAUAUCAGAACCAGCUAAUAACGAAACUGAAAAUCGACAGCAACCCCUUUGCAAAAGGAUUCAGAGACUCCUCCAGGCUGACAGACAUUGAGAGUAGGGAAAGUGUGGAGAGUUUGAUCCACAAGCACUCCUACGCACGAUCGCCGAUCCGGACGUAUGCUGGCGAAGACGAAGGCCUGGGAGAGGAAGGACACGUGCCACACAGCAGAGGGUCGGCCUUCACCGCCUCGGAGAACCUGUCGCUCAGCUCCUGGGUGACCACCUCCUCCGGCUUCCCGGGCUUCCAGCCCCCCGCCCCCCUGUCGGCCCUGGGCACCAGCACGGCCUCCCUCGCCAGCCCCCUGCCCCACCCCAUCCAGGGCUCCCUGCCCCCGUACGGCCGCCUGGGCGUGCCCCUGGCCCCCGGGGCCCUGUCCGGCUCCAUGCAGGGCAGCGGCCCGGCCUUCCCCUCCUUCCACAUGCCCCGCUACCACCACUACUUCCAGCAGGGGCCCUACGCCGCCAUCCAGGGGCUGCGCCACCCCUCCACGGUCAUGACCCCCUUCGUGUGACCCCCCCCCGCCCCCGGCUGGACCCGCCGGAGUCCGGGAGACGGCGGGAGACUCGCAGGACGAGAAGAGGACUCUGAACAAGUUUCGGGACGCGCCGUGAACGGCGGGGGGGGCUCGGGGAUAGCAGAUUCCUUCAGACUCCUGCCGAGGGACCUGGCUGCUGCCUGAACCUUCAGAAAACAGCUGUUCUUCUGCCGUGCGUGCCGGCCGUACUCUGUGGCCUGAACAGGGGACAGCGGUGCUUACAGACGCAGCGAACGCGAGCUGGUGAUGAGGAGCCAUUCCACAGGGUGUACGAGGCGCACAGGAGGGGCUGUUGCCUUUGCCGACAACGUUCCUCUGAAGGAUUUCCACCCGUCUUCACGCCGUUAAAACUGACUCCCGAGCUCGACCCACCCCCCCCCCCCAGAGGCAGCGCGCUGUGGAUCUUUCCGUGUUUUCUUUAUUUAAUGCCGGGGGGUGGUUUGUGUCGCGGGACGUGUGAAACCAAAUGCACUACGGAGCACAGACAGUUCGGUCCACCGCAGCCGGAGUCCGACGGGGAGGUACGCUCAAGCCUACUGUCUCCAGAGCCCGGCAGAUUCUCGAGUUCAACCAUCUCCCGGUUCGAUUCUCCCAAACAGGAAACUAAGAGGUUUUAAUAUGAUAAAAGAAUAGGCAUUUUGUGCAUUGUCUUUCUGUAUUCUAGGAUAUUACAUUGCAUUGUUAUAGGAAUGCCAGUUAUUGGAAUCAGAGGCCCUUAAUUCUUUACCAUUCCUCCCCCGGUCUUAUCAUCUUCAUUCUAUAGUGACAGUUAUAUUUUCCUGAAGCUGACGCACACGGUGCUAAUUUUGGCCCAUGUAAAAUGUCAGAUCAUCUUUGAACUACCGUUGUGAGCUGAUCCAGCAUCUGGGCUCCUAAAGCAGUCCUUUCGCAGAUAAGUUUGAACAAGCCUGAAUAACACCUAAGCCCUCAAACGGUAGUAGCCUGCAGAUGAACCUGAACGUGACAUUGCUGUAUGAAAACAGUUCCUAUUUUUGAUGAGAGUUCCGGAACCUAUUCUUUUAGGAAUCUGCUGCUUUAAUAGAGUUUAUUCUCUUAUCAUAGAAUAGACGCUACUAAUGAUGAAUUCAGCCGUUAUUUUUUAAGGACGCAUUAUACCUUAAGGAAACUGGAUUCAGCUUAGACAUUGUAAACAUCUUGCCCCGCUAAUGUCAUGAUUAUUAAUUUACUUUUUGGAAUAUGAUAUGACAUCAUAAAUCAUCAUUGCUCACAAGCCUUGGAAUUUAAGCAGCACCCCCUGACUGGCAAGUCAUUCGCUGAGAUUCCUUUAAGAAUUUCAUUAUUAAAUUGCAAUUCAGCAGUGGUUUCUGUUGCAGUUACUGUUCAGUGCCCUAAAUCCGUGAUGUGAAUGAAUCUCUACCUCCAACCUGGAUGCAGGUAGAGACCCACAAGUGCUGUGCUUGUGACAGCAGCUGUUGGUUUCUGCAGUGUGUUCAUCCACUGGGUGGCCUCUAAAUAUCUCAAGCUGUUCCCAGAUCUUCUAGGAGGAAAUCUGCACCAGAAUUGAUUAAUCUCAAUUGUCUCUUUCCUCAAGGGCUGCGGUUAUUCAUAAUCAGCGUGUUAACCAGCGGGGUUAGAGGAUUGUGUGUUUCUUGAUUUAGGUUAUUUUUAUUUUUCUCUGCCUCCCGCUUUCUGGAUGACCUCAACAUACUUAACAACAAAGCCCCAAUGAGAUCCAAGUAACUGUGUGAAUUUCAAUUCCAUUAUUCCACCAUUUUGAUGUCAGAGUGUUGCAAGGAAAACUGUUUCUCUAUAGAAGAAUAUCUCAGCCAUAAGGAAGCACGAAUCUGUUGUGUGCUCUUAAUUUAAUGUCCAUUCUGAAAUUGUGAAGUGCUCAGAUGCCCCUGUAAUUGGCAUUAUAGAUGAAUGACUUGUUCAUAAGAAGUUUUUACAGUUCGAGAUAAACACACAAGAAGCUUGUAAAAACAGUGCCGAAGCAGAGAUGUCUGACACCACAGCAAAUCAGCAGCACUAAAUAUCCUAUUGACUCCCCAGUUUGCUGGUUUAUAGAUUUGUGUGAAAAGAGUUUGGCCUCUUUGUAAGACGGCCUUUGAGGAAGAACAGGAACAGCCCUGAGUGCUUCUAGGAUUGCUGUUACAGAGAUGUUUCAUGUUAAUUCAUCUUGUACUUUAUCAUAGCUGGCUUUUAAUUGAUACAUGAAAUAUGUAAAGUACCCUAUAUAAACCAAAAACUGUACAAGAGUCAUGUUUUGGUUCUGUUUCCAGUUAGUUAUCUGUUUCAGCUUCACUGCAGGAGCACUGCUGCUUUUACCAAAUUGAAUGCUGUGACUGCUGUCUACGAUUACGGACUAAUACAGGAAAUGUUAAAUAUUAACAACAGCCCACACUCUUGCCGUAUGUGUGAAAAGCAUGUAAAAUCUGAACAACCCUCGUGAUAAUUUAAUCAAUAACUUAAAAAAAAAACAAUUCUUAAUAAGCUAAAGAAAACUUGUGAACAGGAAUCAACCUCUUUACUGCUGCCUUGGUGAACAGCAUUUAUACCAGUACCAUAUUUCUUCAUUUUGGGUUCCUCAAUGGAAAAGAAAGAACAUCAAAUGAAAUAUAUUUUCAUACUGGCUGCUAUUUUUAGUGUAAUAAUAGUGUAAAUAUCAAAGUUAGAACACUUCAAACCAAAGUUGUUGUUUUUUUUUCAGGUGAACUGAUUUCUUUGAAUGCAAUGCACCAUAACUGUACUGCAGAUCCCUGUUUCUUGUACUUUGUGGAUAGUGCAUUGUGUGAGCAAAUCUGUUGCAUUGGAAACAGAUGUAUAAAAACUGUUUUUCUGUACAAUAUAUUCAAAAAAUGGAGCAACAUCGAAUACGAUUUUGUUUUUUAAAAGUGCAAUAUAUUUAUUUCUGCUCUUGAAAUGAUAAUGCAUUGUUAUGUAAUAUUGGAAGCACUAAAAAUAGAUGUUAUUUGUAAGGAAUAAAAUCACAAAAAGAGGUCAGUGUUUUCUAUUGAAGGCCUAUGCAGAUAGGGGUGUCUUAUUGGAUUCUGAAAUGUUUCAUUGCAGUCAACAAAUGUUUACAGUAGAAUGGACAACAACAUUAGAAAUCUAAUGACUAAAACAGUCACAAUGUCAUGUCAUAUGCAAAGUACGUCUGGUUGAACAGACGCUUAUUCACUUUUUCAAAAGGCUGACUAAUAAUUACUGUAAAAGAAUGUGUUGCUACUGUGUUUUUCCGGUCAAAAUCCAUUAGUGAUAUGGGAAAUUUUGAAUGCAACUAAAGUUUAAGUGUUCCAACUGCAAAGUCAAUCAGGGCAUGACUGUCGUUACUGACCCAGAAAACAGGCCAAUAUGACAAAGAGCAGCCCAGCAGUUGAUACUAACCAAAAAAAAAAGAGGGAGAGACAGAUCCUUUAGUUCAGCAGAAUUUGGUGAGAUUCAUUUCUAGUACUUCUUUGGCUCAAUCAUGGCUGGGAGUAAAAGGAGGAUUCACAACAUAUCAAGUGACAAGAGCUGAGGACUGUCUCCAGAACAUCAGUUUCUAAACAAAAAUAUUCUACACAUACUGUACUUUCUUUGUAAUAAGAGCAGAAAGCUUCUGAAAAAUAAUGACCGCAGUUAAAGAUGACCAUUAGUCCUUAAGAAAUCUAAAAUGUUGUAUGAGGCGUCUACUUUCUGGAAUGUUUCUGUGACCAACAUGAAAAGGUGCAGCCAAAGUAUAUGCAAGCUACAGCCUAGUUGUUAAGUGUCUGGCUGCUGUUCCAGUGUGGGGAAAAUAAUGUUUAAAAAGUAGUCUAUUACAGUUGUGAGUUACUUUUUCAAAUUAACAAGACUCUGAGGGAAAUUCAUUUUAAGAAGUCAUCAGUGACAGUGAUGUAAUGUCUGAAUAGGUAGAAGGUAAAAUAAUAUAUUACCUCCUAAGAAUCUACCUCCUGUUUAUCUCUUAUUUUCAGGUUUUCAUGGGACUCUUCAGUUGUCAGUUAUCAAUAUAAAAAUGGACACAAAAUAUCCAUAAAGACAAGACUUCGAAGUAAUUUUGCAGAAUGAAAAAAUCUA